CAUGAUCGCGGGCGUCACCUGAUUAUCGGCGUCCACACUGUGUAUGUGAGGUCGGAAGCUGCCGUUGCUUUCUGUACCAAAGUUAGCGCGAACGAUUUAAUGUCGGACGUUGCCGUGUUUGCUGCAACGUAAGGCAGUAAAUCAACCCCCCCCCCCCUGACUGCCGUUUGUGUUCAUGCGGGCAGAGGACGUACGGGUUGAGUUAGCUAGCUAGCUAACGUUAGCUAGCUAUGGCGUACUAGCAGUGUCUCUUCGCCACCAAGUCACGUGUAGAGGAGUCAUUUCAAGGCAGUGAAAUAAGGCGAACCAUAGAACGAUGGCUUCGAUUCUGGACGGGUACGAGGACUCGCAGAACACCAGGCAGAGUGCGCAGCAGCAAAGCCGCCUGUCGACCGCCAACAUCGGGAUCACGCAUUCGGGCUUUGUGAACGUGAGGCUCGAGGAAGAGAAGCCGAUAUUCAACAAGCAGAGGAUCGACUUCACCCCUCCCGAGAGGAUAAACCACCUCGCGGUGUGCAACAACCAGCUGUGCAUGAGUCUGGGGAAGGACACCCUGCUGAGGAUUGACUUGGCCAAGCCCGAUCAGCCCAACCAGAUCGAAUUAGGAAGGAAAGAUGACAGUAAGGUGCACAGACUGUUCCUGGACCCCACUGGCUCCCAUCUGCUGAUCUGCCUGAGCACCAGCGAGUGUCUGUACCUCAACAGGAACACGCAGAAGGUGCGCGGUUUGUCCCGCUGGAGGGGACACCUCAUCGAAAGCGUGGCCUGGAACAAGCAUCUGGGCAACGAGACCAGCACGGGACCGGUUUUGGUCGGCACCAGUCAGGGCAUCAUCUUCGAGGCGGAGAUCUCGGCGACUGAGGGCAGCCUGUUCAACACCAAUCCGGAUCAAUACUUCAGACAGGUCCACUCCCUGGAGGAGGAUGGGAAGCCCGCACCCGUCUGCUGCCUGGAGGUGGAGCGGGGCCUGGAGAACAAGUACUUCAUCAUCGCCACCACCCGCAAGCGCCUGUUCCAGUUCGUGGGCAAGGUGGCCGAGGGCUCGGAGCAGCAGGGCUUCAGCUCCAUCUUCAGCCAGAACCACGACCUGCUGCCCAGCUUCCAGGAGUUCCCGGCCAACAUGGGCUACAGCGAGAUCACCUUUUACACCUCCAAGCUGCGGACUUCCCCGAAGGCGUUCGCCUGGAUGAUGGGUAAUGGAGUUCUCUACGGUCAGCUGGACUACGUCCGGCCCGAUUCCCUGCUGAGUGAUGUGCAGGUGUGGGAUUACACCCCCGACAUCGACCUGAGUCUCAACAAGCCCAUCUCCAUUGUGCUGACACAGUUCCACUUCCUGCUGCUGCUCCACGACCGAGUUAAAGCCAUCUGCACCCUGAACGGACAGGUGGUGUACGAGGACGUGUUCCCAGAUAAAUUCGGCGCCCUCAAGAAGAUGAUCAAGGACCCCGUGGGCGGCUUGGUGUGGAUCUACACCGAGCGGGCGGUUUUCCGCUACCACAUCCAGCGCGAGUCCAGGGACGUGUGGCAGAUGUACAUGAGCAUGUCCAAGUUCGACCUGGCCAAGGAGUACUGCCGAGACCGCCCGGAGUGCAUGGACAUGGUGCUGGCCAAGGAGGCGGAGCACUGCUUCCAGAACAAGCGGUACCUGGAGAGCGCCAAGUGCUACGCCCUGACGCAGAACUACUUCGAAGAGAUCGCGCUCAAGUUCAUCGAGGCCAAACAGGAGGAAGCCCUGAAGGAGUUCCUGCUGAAGAAGCUGAACAAUUUGAAAGCCAGCGAGAGGACGCAGAUCACCUUGCUGGUCACCUGGCUGGCCGAGCUCUACCUGAACCGGCUCGGCCAGCUGGAGAGCGACGGCAACGCCGUCGCCUUCAAGGAGACGCGCGACGAGUUCCACCAAUUUCUCUGCAACGGCAAGCACAAGGACUGCCUGUUCAACAACCGCAGCACCAUCUACGACCUGCUGGCCAGCCACGGCAACGUGGACGACAUGGUUUACUUCUCGGUCGUCAUGCAGGACUACGAGCGGGUGAUAUCGCACUACUGCCAGCACGACGACUACGGCGCGGCCCUGGACGUGCUCUCGAAGCACUGCGACCAGAAGCUUUUUUACAAGUUCUCCCCCGUCCUCAUGCAGCACAUUCCCAAAAAGGUGGUGGACGCGUGGAUCCAGAUGGGCAAGCGGCUGGACCCGAAGAAGCUCAUCCCGGCUCUGAUGAACUACAGCCAGAUGGGCAGCACCCAGCAGAUCAGCGAGACCAUCCGCUACAUGGAGUUCUGCGUGUACGAGCUGACCGUGACGGAGGAGGCCAUCCACAACUACCUGCUGUCCCUCUACGCCAAGUACAAGCCGGACUCUCUGCUGUGGUACCUGGAGCAGGCGGGCACGCGCGCCUCAGAGAUCCACUACGACUUGAAGUACGCCCUCAGGCUGUGCGCGGAAAACGGCUACCUGCGGGCCUGCGUCCUGGUCUACAGGAUCAUGGAGCUGUACGAAGAGGCCGUGGAUCUCGCCUUACAAGUAGAUGUGGACUUGGCCAAGUCAUGCGCGGACCUGCCCGAAGACGACGAGGAGCUGAGGAAAAAGCUUUGGCUGAAGAUCGCCCGGCACGUGGUGCAGGAGGAGAAAGAUGUGAAGAAAGCCAUGAACUGUCUGUCCAGCUGCAACCUGCUCAAGAUCGAAGACAUCCUGCCCUUCUUCCCAGACUUUGUCACCAUCGACCAUUUUAAGGAGGCCAUCUGCAGCUCCCUGGAGGAGUACAACCAGCACAUCGACGAGCUGAAACAGGAAAUGGAGGAGGCCACGGAGAGCGCCAAGCGCAUCCGAGAAGACAUCCAGGAGAUGAGGAACAAAUACGGCGUAGUGGAUUCCCAGGAAAAGUGUGCCGCUUGUGAAUUCCCGUUGCUCAACAGGCCUUUCUACCUGUUCCUAUGCGGACACAUGUUCCACUACGACUGCCUGUUCCAGGAAGUCACCCCUCACCUGACGCCCUUUAAGCAGAGUCGUCUGGAGGAACUGCAGAAGAAGCUGGCCGCGGCCGCCCCGUCCUCCAAGUCUCGACACCGGCCGGCGGCCAAGGACGAAGGAGACACCGGCAGCCUGGGGAAGGGCAGCGCGGGCACGAGUCGCGAGCAGAUCAAAUCGGACAUGGACGACAUCAUUGCGUCCGAAUGCGUGUACUGCGGCGAGCUGAUGAUCAAGACCAUCGACAAGCCUUUCAUUGACCCAGAGAGAUUUGAGGAGGAGAAAUCCAGCUGGCUAUGAGCGAGGCCUCCCCUCGAUGUGAAGAGACACGGCAGCCCCCCCCCCUACCUGAUAUGUCAAUGAAACGUCAGCAUCCACAGGACCCGUUCAGUGGAAGCAGACAUUCACCCGAUUGCCUGUCACUAGUGCCGCAUCCCAAAAAAACUUCUUUUGUUGGCCAUAUGUGGAGCUGAUUUAAAGACCGUUGCACUUAAUGUGGGAGUGUUUAGUAGGAGGCUGGACAUUGGCAAAUUAUACAAGAGGAUGUGAUAAUCGCAAUUAACUAAAUUAUGUUAUGCACUUCAACGACUCAAGCUCUGUUUAAUCUUACAGUUCAUGUGUGGCAAAUCGUCAAACUUUUAUUUCACGUUUCCUGUUUUGCAAUUCAAUUGUGGAUUAUUAAAGCUUGUCAACAAGGA